UGCAUUGCAAAAAACACAGGUCCUUGUUAGAUGCAUAACGUAGCUAGCAAGUUAGCUAUUGAAAGACCGAUCAAAUAUCGUUCAUAUAGUAAUUUAGACUGACUUAUAUGAAAACAGAUAUAAUACGUUGAUUACAAGAGUACAUUGUGUGCACGCCGCCUGUUUUCAGGUCACUCCACCUCCCAAGAUGUCGUACCCCCCACACCUGAACCGCCUCCCCCAGUUGCCCCCCGGGAUUCGCCCUCCCCACUUCGCAGGGUUCCCCCAGGGAGUCCCAGCAGGUACACCCAUGAUUCCAGUCCACAUGGGGAUAAUGACCUCUGCACCUACGGUCCUGGUUCCUACCACAGUGUCUAUGGUCCAGAAGCCUCCUGCUCAGAGGAAAGAGCUGAACCCAGUCAGAGCCAAGGAGAACCAGGAGGGGGGCAGUGGUCCCACCACUACAGUGUUUGUAGGGAACAUCUCCGAGAAGGCUUCAGACAUGCUGGUCAGACAGCUGCUAGCGAAAUGUGGCCUGGUCCUGAGCUGGAAGAGGGUCCAAGGGGCUUCUGGGAAACUGCAAGGUAAAAACAAAACAGCGUUUGGUUUCUGUGAGUACAAGGAGCCAGAGUCCACCCUGCGUUCCCUUCGUCUGCUACAUGAGCUGUUGCUGGGAGACAAGAAGCUGCUGGUUAAGGUGGAUGCUAAGACCAAGGCCCAGCUUGAAGAAUGGAAGGCUAGGAAGAGGAACUCCAACGGGGGAGCCAUGACAGAGGACGGGCUCAAGGAAGAGGAAGAGGAGGAGGAGGAGGAGGAGGAUCUUGAUGAGGACACAAAGCGUCGUGACCAGAUAGUAAAAGGGGCGAUCGAGGGGUUGAUCCGGGAGUACGGCAGUGAGCUCAACGCCCCUUCUCAGGACGGAGACAACCAGCCCCGCAAGAAGAAGAGAGAGAAGAAAGAGGAGGAGGACAUCAAUGUGAUGGAGAUGGAGGAUGACAAAAGAGACCUGAUAUCCAGAGAGAUCUCUAAGUUCCGGGACACUCACAAGAAACUGGAGGAGGAGAAGGGAAAAAAAGAGCAGGAACGGCAAGAGAUCGAUAAGGACAGGAGGGAGAGGGACAAAGAGAGGGAGCGAGAGAGGGAGCGCCGGGACCGCGAGAGGGAGAAGGAGAAGGAGAGAAACGACAACAUCAAGGAGAGAGACCGGGACCGGAUCGAUCGGGAACGUGAACGGACGAAGGAGAGAGAAAGGGAACGGGGAGAGAGGGAGCGAGGAGAGAGGGAACGAGGAGAGAGGGAACGGGGAGAGAGGGAACGGGGAGAGAGGGAACGGGGAGAGAGGGAACGGGGAGAGAGGGAACGGGGAGAGAGGGAGCGAGGAGAGAGGGAACGCGUGAAGGAGAGGAGUCGAGAAGUCAGCCAAGACCGCAGUAAAUCCAGAGAACGGAGCCGCGAUGAGAAGAAACACGACCGCGAGGAAGAUCAGGAGGAGGCGUACGAACGCAGGAAACUGGAGAGGAAGAUGAGGGACAAGGAGACUGCUUACCAGGAACGUCUGAAGAACUGGGAGAUCAGGGAGAGGAAGAAGGCUCGGGACUAUGACAAAGAGAACCAGAGAGAGGAGGAGAGACGCCAUGAUAUGACCAAAGAAGGCAAGCGUCUGAAAGAGUUCCUGGAAGAUUAUGACGAUGACAGAGAUGAGUCCAAAUACUACAGGGGUAGUGCAUUGCAGAAGCGUCUGAGAGACCGUGAGAAGGAGACGGAGCUGGAUGAUAGAGACCGGAAGAGGGAGAAGGAGGAGCAUGAUCAGAUCAGACAGAGACUGUUAGCUGAGGGACACCCAGACCCUGAGGCCGAGCUGCAGAGGAUGGAGGAGGAGGCGGAGCGGAGGCGGCAGCCCCCAGUGAAGCCGGAGGAGGAGGUGCAGCAGGAGAAACCACACCGAGAGAGGGAGCACCGAGAGAGGGAGCACCGAGAGAGGGAGCACCGAGAGAGGGAGCACCACAGGGACAGGAGAGGAGGAGGAGGAGGUGCAGACAGGCCUCCUCCCGAACACCCUCAGUCCCAAUCAGACGAUGACGUGGAGGAUGGAGAGGAGCUUGACGAUCGUGACGGGGACGACUCGUCAGACGCCAGGACACACCCACACCUCAAGCCCACACUGCGGCCAAUCACGUCGGCACCCUCUGUGUCGUCGGGCAGCGGCGGCGCCACGCCCAACUCCCCUGGCAACGAGUCUCCGUGUGGCAUCAUCAUUCCUCAUGAGAACUCUCCAGACGCCCAGCCCACAGAUGAACACCGGCCCAAGAUAGGCCUCAGCCUCAAACUGGGAGCCGGCGCCAGCCCCAGCCAUCAGGUCCACACUGGGAGUAAACGUAAGAAGCUGGCCAACGUCGACAGCGUCUUCAACAAGUUCGGAGAGGAGGAGGCCGACGAGGCGCCUCGUAAACGUAAGCUGGUUCCACUGGACUACGGCGAGGAUGAUAAGAGCUUGGGUCUGGACGGGGCAGAGGUACCUGGAGGGAAGGGAGGACAAAACACAGAGGAGAAACGGAAACACAUCAGGAGUCUCAUUGAGAAGAUCCCUACAGCCAGACCGGAGCUGUUUAACUACCCUCUGGACUGGACUGCUGUGGACUCGACUCUGAUGGACCGUCGCAUCAGACCCUGGAUCAACAAGAAGAUUAUAGAAUAUAUCGGAGAGGAGGAAGCUACGCUAGUUGACUUUGUUUGUUCGAAGGUCAUGUCUCACGGCACACCGCAGGGGAUCUUGGAUGAUGUUGCCAUGGUUCUGGACGAAGAGGCCGAGGUGUUCAUAGUUAAAAUGUGGAGGCUGUUGAUCUACGAAACGGAGGCCAAGAAGAUUGGUCUGGGGAAAUGAAGACUAGUACUACUACAGUACUACUAUCUAGUACUACUACAGUAUUACUGCUGUCAGGGACAGUUUUUUUCCCCUCUGGCUUCAAGUCUCUUUAUGUCUCUGACUGAUCGACUGAUCACACGGACACCUCUCACUCACUAGGGAGUCGAGACUAUGAACAUGGGCCUGUUACCAGUCCUCUACCCCCCAACCACCCUCUACCGCUCCCCAAACCUCCUCUACCCCCCAACCACCCUCUACCGCUCCCCAAACCCCCUCUACCGCUCCCCUACCCCCUCUACCCCUACCCCCUCUACCGCUCCCCAACCCCCUAUUCCCCAAUCCCCCCUACCCCCUCUACCCCAAUCCCCCCUACCCCCCUCUACCGCUCCCCAACCCCCCUCUACCACGCACCAACCCCCCUCUACCGCUCCCCAAACCCCCUCUACCACGCAUCCCCCCUCUACCACGCAUCCCCCCUCUACCACGCAUCCCCCCUCUACCACGCAUCAAACCCCCUUUACCAUGCACCCCCCUCUACCACGCACCAAACCCCCUCUACCACGCACCAAACCCCCUCUACCACGCACCAAACCCCCUCUACCACGCACCAAACCCCCUCUACCACGCACCAAACCCCCUCUACCAUGCACCACCCCCCCUCUACCACGCACCAAACCCCCUCUACCACGCACCAAACCCCCUCUACCACGCACCAAACCCCCUCUACCACUCAUCCCCCCCUCUACCACUCCCCAAAACCCCAUUCCAUCAGUAAAGAACAACAGCUGCUGUCUGUGUGUGUGUCUGUGUGUGUGUGUGUCUGCAAGAGAGAGCUUGACUGUGUUGAAUGUGAAAGUGCCCACAAGCUUACUGCAUGGUAUCCAAAUAGUUUGUUUCUAAGCUGGUGUGAGAGAGAGCCUGUCAAAGCCAGCUGUGUGUUCUUAUCCAUAAUUAUUUAGUCUGCUCCGCUGCGUCUCACUGACACGUUGGGCUUUAUGGUUUAGUAUUGUCAGGAAGGUAUCUUAUCUCGUUGGUACCGUCUGAUUGGAGGAUUCGCUCCACUGUGUGAUCUAAU